AUGUUACUUGCAGCUAAUGUAACACUUUUACUAAAGGAUGGCGUGAUUCUUUGGGUUAAAAAGAUCCAAGAGAGAGGAACCAACUUCCAGUUGAUGGAAAACAUUCAAAGGUUCCAAGCCGCCAUUAAAAAGUACGGCGUUCCAGAAGAGGAGAUAUUCCAGACUGCUGAUUUGUUCGAGAGGCGCAAUAUUCCUCAAGUCACGUUAUGUUUAUAUGCAUUGGGCAGAAUUACUCAAAAACACCCCGAAUUUACUGGCCCUCAUCUCGGACCCAAGAUGGCGGAAAAGAACGAGCGCGUCUUCACAGAGGAACAACUUCGUGCUCAUGAAAGCGAAUUGAAUCUCCAAAUGGGCUUCAAUAAGGGAGCUUCACAAUCCGGGCACGGUGGCUUCGGCAACACUCGUCACAUGUAA